AGUCUUGAGAUGUCGAGGUGCAGACGUUUCUGCACCCAUAUGUUUAUCGACGCUUGAAUCGAUAGUGGUAACCGCACGUGAACUCGAGCCCCCUCGGUCUUCGCCCCCGAACAUGUGACUGGGCAGGCAACAUGCACCUGCACUUCGAGAGGACGGUCAACGCCAAAAGCGACUGCUCGAUCCUCUCGCUCACCUGGAUGGGGAAGGUGCCCGACGAGCUGCCAGAGGACGAGGGAUGGAAGCUCAACCGCACGAAUUAUUACCAAGAAGGCUGGCUCGCCACAGGCAACGUGAGGGGCAUUGUAGGGGUGACGUUCACUACUUCGCAUUGUAAAAAGAACGUUGAUUUUCCACUUCGAACGAAUUACAAUUUAAGAGGACAUCGAUCCGAGGUCAUCCUCGUAAAAUGGAACGAACCCUACCAAAAACUCGCCUCCUGCGACAGCUCGGGCAUAAUCUUCGUCUGGAUCAAAUACGAAGGCCGCUGGUCCAUCGAGCUCAUAAACGACCGCAACACCCCCGUCACCCACUUCUCCUGGUCGCACGACGGCCGCAUGGCCCUCAUCUGCUACCAAGACGGCUUCGUCCUCGUCGGCUCCGUCGCCGGCCAGAGAUACUGGUCCUCCAUGCUUAACCUCGAAGCCACCAUCACUUGCGGCAUCUGGACCCCCGACGACCAGCAAGUCUACUUCGGCACCACCUCCGGCCAGAUCAUCGUCAUGGACGUGCACGGCGCCAUGGUCUCGCAAGUCCAACUCAGCUCCGAGGUGGGCAUCACCUCCAUGGCAUGGUCCUGCGAGAAGUUCAAGAUGGAGGAAGGCGACGACAACGACCCCGGGGUGACCAACGCGGCGGAGCGCAAGUUCGUCUUGGCGGUGUGUCUCCAGAACGGGUUCAUCUUCUUGUUGAAGACCUUCGACGACGUGUCGCCGAUUCAAAUCGACACGGGGUUGCAAGGCCCGCUGUGUAUGGAGUGGAGCAACUCGCGGGAGCUGUUGGCGGUGGCGGGGGUGGCGUUCGACGCGAAAGCCGCCACCGCGACGGAGUUCACGAAUUUGUUGAAGUUCUAUAACGAAAAAGGGGUGCUUCUGUAUUCGGCUAUGGUGCCGUUUUGUCAGGCGCCCGUGUCCGCCCUCACGUGGGGUCACAACGACAAAAGACUAUUUUUGGCAACGGGGACCCAAAUCCAUAUCGCCUGGGUGUCGAGGAGGAUCGCGACCCUCCAACUUCUGUGUAGACUAAAGAUCCAUGAUUCGAUCCAGCAGGAGAGUCAGCUACCGGCGCUGCCGCUCCCGGCUAGAAUCAGGAACCUGAUUGGGAAUUUGUUUGCUCAAACGAUUAGGUGUUGCGUCCCGGAACCCAGCGCCUUGAGGGAGUUCGUGUCCAGACCACCAGUGGGAUCGGUGCGGCUGCACUGUACCAUGAUUCGUCACGACGACGACAACAACUUGUCCUCCGGGACGUGCUACACCCUCUACUUGGAGUACCUCGGGGGGUUGGUUCCUCUCUUGAAAGGCAAACGUACCAGUAAAAUCCGGCCCGAGUUCGUCAUUUUUGACCCUCAAGUGGAGGAUAUUCACCUUCAGUGGUCCCCCGAGUCCAAGAGCUCUGGGUCUUCUGGUCACUCCACGAGCGGCGGCGGCCUCCUCACCGACUCCUCGGAUAGCGACCGUGAAGAAGGGUGCACCAGCUCUCCUAGGAUGCAACGAAGACGAAAAAGAAGAAACAAAUCACACACUCGCGUACCCAAUGAGCGCCAGUCGGGUCAAAGCUCCGGAGAUGCCGACCAAGAAGAUCUAGCCUACGUGGAUACCCUCCCCGAGCACGUGCGGCUAGUGGAAGUCACGUCCAACAUCUGGGGUACCAAGUUUAAAAUCCACGGGUUGGCGUCUUCGGUCCCGGCGAACCUCGGUCAAGUCACGUAUAAGACGUCGCUCCUGCACCUCCAACCUCGUCAGAUGACUCUGGUCAUGACGGAGCUGCGGGACGACUUCCCCGUGGUACCCGAUCCGACUUUCAACCCGAAUUUGUUUUCCGAGGAUGAAGAGGAGGUCCAAGUGGACGGGAAAAAGAUCCCGAGGGUGUCGAUCGAUAAUAGUCCGCCCAUUGCCCCCAUGUCGCCCCGCGGGAACCGCUUAGGGCGUCCUAAACCUCUAGCUGAAGUCCCGAGGAACCUCCCGGUUUUAGCCAAACCGGAGUCGUACGAAGACGCAGACUUGGGGGAAAUCGGGUUCUGUGAUAGUAUCCGUCCACAGACGUCGGGAAGUGUCCGGAACGGGAACAGCACCCAAAGCACGAGCUUCGUGGGGCAGUUUAACCGCAACGGUAACGGAACGAACGGUAAUCAAAGACAUGCCAUUUCGCCGCUUUGUUGUGAAGGCUCAGUCCCGGCGCUUCAGAGUCCGAAGAACGCGGUAGCCCCCAGUGAUAUUAUCUUUGAUAGACCUCCAGCCCAGACCUUGAUUACCUACUCCAGCGACUAUUCCAACAACGUCCAGCAGAUGAAGAACUCGUUCAACGAACAUCACCAGAAAGCGGUGAUUGUGAAGAAAGCUGAGGAACCGAAAGAGAAAAAAGGGAAAGAUAUGACGUACAUCGACGAGGAGCAUGUGGAGGCCCUUCCAGGUCCUUCGACUCCAGUCCGCCCUUCUACCGCUUUGUGCCUCGCCGACUCUAUGGUGAGGAGCUGCAGCGUGGGGUAUCUGGACAUGGUGGACGCCCAGUUGGUACCAAGCGACGUGGCACUCUUGAUGUUGCGCAAAGACGCCCCCAAGCGACUGGUACUAGUAAACCGGAAACACAAAACCAAGAGGCAGAGUCGCCAGAAUCGACACCUCCAGGAGAACAACAACAGGAAUAAGUCACCCAAGUUGAAGAACUGCGGCAAGUCGAAGAGUCUCGACUCGAGUGAUUUGUUCCCCAAUACGGAACCCAUCACCAAGGCGAACUUCAUCGAGGAAACCAUCCCCGAGGUGAACAAGUCGAGCAGUUCUUCACCAGACAACGUCGACGAAAACUCCAACAAGAAGGAAACUAAGUUGGGGUUCUUCGCGUCGCGGUCGCCUCUAAUGCGACGAAAGAAACCAGAAGGGGAGAAAACCCGAAGCAGACCUAAACAGAAAGCGGUAGGUCAAGUGGAAACCCAAAACCAGAAAAACGGAAUGCCUUUGCACACCCAAGCACUAGCCAACUUGGAGAAGUUGAUCACCAGGUUGAGGGAAGAUGAUAAGGCGACGCCUCCGGCGUCGCCCCGACUCCCUAGAAGCUCACCAUCGUCGCCCGCCCCCAGCAAAAAGGGUAAAAGACCUCAAUCCGCGUCCCCCAUUCGCAAGAAUUUACUAUCAUCGCCGCUUCUCGGGCGUCGGAGUAAGAAAAACCGCCACCAAGAGAGUUCCGACGACGAAGUGACCGCCUCCGGAGACGAGGUCUUCAACGGGACGAACUACCGAGACCUCGAGACCUUCCAAAAGGCGCAAUUGAGGCAAAAGUUAAAGAGGGGAAAAAUCGAGCCCAACGGGAGCAACUGCAACAACCAUUCGGUGCCGCAACGCCGGGAGUUCGUCAUGCAUAACAAAGCCCCCAUGUGGAACGAAAACAGCCAGGUGUACCAGCUGGAUUUCGGGGGCCGCGUCACCCAAGAGUCGGCGAAGAAUUUCCAGAUCGAGUUCCGCGGAAAACAAGUGAUGCAGUUCGGGCGCAUCGACGGCAAUGCCUACACCCUAGAUUUCCAGUAUCCAUUUUCAGCUCUUCAGGCGUUCGCAGUGGCUUUAGCAAACGUUACGCAAAGACUCAAGUAAAUAUCUAGGAAGCAUAUCUCAGAUUUUUGAAACCGGUGCCAAUUUUGCCAUUUAUCGUAGUAAAGAAAAGUAAGGUGUAGAGCAGGUCGUUACCGGGCUUUGAACCGACCAAAUCAAUAUAAUCAAAGUGUUCCAUUAAAAAAUUAAGUACAAUCUUUGAAACAGAUAGCCACCCUACCUUACUUACUUUACUCAAAAUCGAGUAGUUGCGUUUAAGUAACUCGUGCUGCUGGUGGAUUGGGGGUGGUUCAUUUUUCGGGGUUUUUCGGUUUACCGGGGUGGAGCAGACACACAAAACAUCUUUUUUGACCGUCCGAUAAUUAAAAGAUCAACAGGUGGCUGAGGCACACUAUUUUUAUAUUAGCCUAAUAAACUAACGUUCGAGAAUUCUAAAUGAGCUGCGUUGACUUCAAAGUUUCAAAAACUUGGAUUUUUUUAUAUACGACUACAUGUAUGGAACAACUGCUAACGCUUUAAUUUAUUGUUAACUGUUAUGUGUGAUAUAUACGUACGUUUUUUUGUAAUUAUGUUUCUUGGAAAGUUUUUAUCUCUAAAUGAAGUUUGUGUUGUAUCAAAUUUGGAUAUACAAAAGAUUGUUCGUAAAUGAUAUUUGUAUGUGCAUACAUAA